AUGCGGGGCGCCACUGUCCGCGUCACAGCCGUCCUUCCCUCCACUAACGACUUCGUCUUGCGAUCUCUCAUCCAACCCACCGACAAACCAAUCGACAGUAGGACCAUGCGAGGUCCAUUCGCAGUGCUCCUGGCACCGCUACUGGCGCUGCUGGCGCUGCUCUCGGUCGUCAGCGCGCUGCAGGAGAAUCUGGCCGGCAUCGUCGACUGGCACCGCGCCCUGAUCGGCAAGCCGCUGGCGAGUGCGCCGCCGCAGUUUGUCGACAUCGACGGACACCGCGCAGUCGUCGCCGUCACGGACAAGAAGGUGCUGGCUGUGCUUGAUGAGAACACGGGCGAUGUGCGGUGGCGACAGAGUAUCGACACGCCGUUCCAGUACUGGGUUCAGGACGAUGGCGUCUUGCUGCUCACAAAGGGUGGUCUGAACCUUUACCAUCUGUCGACCGGAGCGCUCCUUUGGAACAACCCCGUCAGCGUCAAGAACGAGCCGUCGUCCAAGUAUGGCUGGGACGUCGCGCUCGCGGACGACUACCUCAUGCUCCUGACCGACGGUGCCCGUCUCACGAAGAUUGACCGCAAGACGGGUACCCAGCAGUGGACGAUGGUGUGGCCGGAGACUGGCGCGAACCGAUUCAAGAACAUCAUGAUCAAGGACGACAAGGUCGUCGUGCUCGACAUUACGACGGCGUAUGUCCGCUCAACUUUGUCGUUUAUCACGCUCGACCUCAAGACUAUGGGUUUCUCCGACUUUACCCAGAUCGGUGGCACGCUCGAGGCGGACGGGAGCGAGGCGUUCCUCGUGCGCACUAUCGAUGGCGAGAUCGCCGCCGUCUGGACCGAGAGGGGCAAGGUGCACUCGUCUGUCCUUCAGCCUGAGAAGGGAACUGUUGGCGCCGUGCGUGAGCGCGCCGCCGGUAUGGGCACGAAGUAUAUCGGCCUCGUCGAUGUCGGCUUCCGCGCGAACGGAUUCAUGCUCGGUACUCUUGAGAACGACAAGGCUCAAGUCUUUGUCGUCGACUCUCGCGGCGCGCGUGUCGUCAAUGAGUUUCCUGGCUCUGUUGGCGCGGCUGCCCCCGUGUACUCUGGCAGCUGCUCCGGUGAGGCGUUCCAGUUUGCGUACGUUUUCUACUCGUUCGUCACCAAGAGCACGCAGGUUCAGACCUUCCGUCUCAACGCCGAGGGUGUUGAGCAGUCUCGCUCCGACGUCGAGGUGCCGUUUGACAUGAACUCGCACGGCGUCAUCACCAGCGUUGCCCUUUCCCCGCAGCUCACUGAACAGGGCGAGCCGACGCUGCUCCUCUCCUCGUCUUCGGGCGCCAUCCAGCUUGUCCCGCCCAAGACCGUCGCGUGGACACGUGAGGAGGGACUCGCCGACCUCGCUGCCGCGCAGUUCGUGGACCUCGGUGAGCCGGCGACAGAGGAGACUCUGGAGACGCUCGCGGACGAGAGCUUCCCUGCGCGCAUUGUGCGCCAUAUCGGUCUCCUCAAGGAGGCGCCUGGCUAUGUGCUGCGUUUCAUCCAGCGCCUCACGUCCACCGAGAUUGUGGCGCAGACCCCGCCCCUCCAGGCGGGUCACCUGAACCGUGACCAGUUCGGUCUGCAGAAGCUCAUCGUGGCCGUUACCAAGGGCGGCAAGGUGUUUGCGCUCGACAGCGCCAACGGCAACGCGCUCUGGACCCGCAACCUUGGCUUCUUCACCAAGGACGGACCCGAGCUCGACGUUCUCUGGGUUGGACAGACGCGCAAUGUGUCCGAAGCUGGUAACCCGCAGCUCGCCGUUGUUGCGACGCGCACCAAGAACGGCUACUCGCUCACGCUCGGCUACCACAUUGAUGCCUUCACGGGCGAGGUCGCCGGCGACGUAAACGAGUUCAACAUUCCCUUGGGCAAGUUCCUGUGCGUCGGCCGCGCCAAGUCCGUCUUUGUCACACCGUUCAUCAACUGCUGCACUCGUAACCGCGUCCUCGGCAUUGUCGACGCGGACAACGUGCUCUCCAUCUUUCCCAAGUGCAAGAAGGUUGCGAACGCGCUCGAGGCGCAGGCGGGCGAGAUGUUCUGGACGCAACACGAUGAGAGGCACGGCACGACCACGCUGCGCGGCUUCGCGCCCGGACUCCAGGGCGACAACCAGACGUUCACGACGCAGGAGGUCUGGUCGCGCGCGUUCUCGAACCAGGCCGUCCUCGACAUUGCGCCCCUGACGCCGAGUGAGACGGCUAGCUUUGGCCGCGCACUUGGUGACAAGUCUGUCCUCUACAAGUACAUGAACCCGCACCUCACGGUUGUGACGUCCGUCACUGAGAGCGAGGACAGGGUCGCCAACGGCCACAUCUACGUCAUUGACACUGUCACUGGAUCCACCGUCUACGAGGCCCUCGUCCCGAGCGUCCAGGAUCGCCAGCUCGAGGCCGCCAUGGUCGAGAACUGGCUCGUGUACGCUUGGCUUGAGGCCGGCGGUGCUUCCGGCGGUUGGCGCCUGGGAUCUGUCGAGCUGUACGAGGACGCACCGACGAACUCGUCCGCCGGCCGCUCGUCGCUUGCCACCACUCCCCGCAUCCGCGCCCAGACUCGCACCUUCAUUCUGCAGACCGCCGUGCGCGGUCUCGGCUUCACGACCUCGACCUACGGUGUGACGGCCAAGGACCUCGUCUUCAUCACCUCGGCCGGGCAGGUGGCAUACAUGCCCCGCCGCCUGCUCGACCCCCGCCGUCCGGAGGGCAAGCCGACCAAGGCGGAGCAGGAGGAGAUGCUGAUCCCCUACGACUCACUCCUCCCCACCGGCGGCUCCUCGAUCCUGUCGCACGUCUACCCCGUCCUUGGACUCGAGCACCUCGUCCCCGCCCCGAGUCUGCUGGAGAGCUCUGGCCUUCUGCUGGCCUACGGCACUGACUUAUUCUGCACGCGCGCCCUGCAGCCGAGCGGCACGUUUGACAUUCUCGGCCAGGGCUUCAACAAGCUCCAGCUGCUCGUGACGCUGGCUGCGCUUGGUGUCGGAGUUGCCGUCGCGCGCCCCGCCGUCGCGAGGAAGAAUCUGAAGGAGAAGUGGUUCAACUGA